CUGAAAAUCCAAGGUUGUAGAUAGAAUGUUUCACAACAAAGACAAGAAUUCAAAGCCAUGAAAGGAAACUCAAAGAUUCAAUGCAUGUUCUCAAUUUUUCCCUAUUAAUUCUCAUUCAUUUUCAACACAACCCAAAAUCUCUAUCUUUUCAGUCUCGAAUUCAGUUACCCAUUUUCCAUUUUCAGAGCUUUUUCACUUCAACCAACACAAGCCAUUGAUUCUUGUGUUAUGAAGUUGAAAGUUUUGUUCUUUUUGUUGUUUUCAGAUACCCUUUAGGCAAAAGCUUUCACCUUUGUGUUGACUAUGGCUUCUACUCCAACCCCACCACCAAACUACUCUUCAGUCCCUGCUCAUAGACCUGCUGAAAAUCAAAAUCAUAAGCAUAAUCAGAAUCAGAAUCACCAAAAUAAUCUUAAACGCCAUAGAAAUGAAUGGUCUUCCUCCUCUGGGAGCUAUUCCAACUCAAGGUUAGCACCUUUAGCUCCUGCUGCUGCUGCUGAUAUAGCUGCUGCACAUGGUAGUGGCAAUGGCAGUGGAAGAGGCGUAUUUUCGUCUGCGCCGGGAUCUUUAUUGGAUGGCAGGAGAUCAAAGCUUGCUCCGGAGUUUUCUGGCAGGAAGUCCACCAGGUAUGCUGCAAAGAAACAUUCUGGAAUGCCAAGGGCUGCACUUAAUACACUGCCUCACAGCGAAGCUGCGAAUGAGGUUCUUACUUGUCUCUACAAUGCUGGUAACAUUGCUGCUAAUAUCGAUAAUGUUUUGAUUCCGUACGAACAUAAGCUAUGGGUGGUUGAGGAUUAUGUUUAUAUGCUUAAAGAUUUUGGUAAUACUGGUCAGUUAUUGUUAGCUGAGAAGUGUUAUGAGUUUAUCAUGUCUAAGCCAAAUGGGAGGGUUGCGAAAGGUAAGUUAACGAGUGCUAUGAUCGGUACUCUUGGUAGGUUAGGGGAGAUUGAUCGUGCGAUAGACUUGUUUGGAAAAUCUAGGAAUGAAGGUUAUGGAAUGACCGUGUAUACGUUUUCGGCCAUGAUUAGCGCGUAUGGCCGAAAUGGGCGCUUCCGUGAUGCGGUAGAGUUGUUCAUGUCUAUGCGUGGCUUGGGCCUUGUGCCAAAUUUGGUUACAUACAAUUCGAUAAUUGACGCAGGGGCGAAAGGGGAGGUGAGUUUUGAUGUGGUUGUUAAGUAUUAUGAUGAAAUGCUAGCUGCUGGCAUAAUGCCGGAUCGUCUUACUUAUAAUUCACUUCUUUCUGUUUGUGCGUCGAAGGGCAUGUGGGAAAUGGCUCAAAAGUUAUUGAGAGAAAUGGAUGGUAGGCGUAUUGUUCGCGAUGUUUUUACGUAUAACACGUAUUUGGACACGCUGUGUAAGGGCGGACAGAUUGAUUUGGCUAGAAGGGUAUUCGAAGAGAUGUCUUUCAAGUGCGUUUGGCCAACCAUUGUGACGUAUAGCACACUGAUGGAUGGCUACGCCAAGGCUAACCUCUUGGAAGAUGCCAUUUGUUUGUAUGAAGAAAUGAAGCUUCGAUCUAUUUGUCUUGAUAGAGUGUCCUAUAACACACUGGUCGGCAUCUAUACGAAGCUCGACAGGUUCGAUGAAGCUGUCAAUAUAUGCAGAGAGAUGGACAAAUGUGGAAUUAAAACUGACGUCGUUACAUACAAUGCUCUGUUGGCCGGGUAUGGCAGGCAUGGUAUGUAUGCCGAAGUUAAAAGACUAUUUGAAGAGAUGAAGGCUCGGAACAUAUAUCCGAAUACGCUAACAUACUCUACAAUGGUCGAUGUCUACACUAAAGCUGAAAUGUUUCAGGAAGCGAUGAAUGUUUAUAUAGAGUUCAAGAUGGCAAGAUUGGAGGUUGACGUUGUCUUUUACACUGCAAUCGUAGACGCACUAUGCAAAAACGGUUUCGUUGAGUCUUCGAUUAUGUUGCUUAUUGCAAUGAUUGAGAAAGGAAUCAAACCGAAUGUGGUCACAUUCAACUCCAUAAUAGAUGCAUGUCAACAGUUGCCAGCUUUGGAGUAUCGAGUUCAUGAUUCUUCGCAAGCCAUUGAGUAUCCAAAUGAACAAUCAUCUGCAAUGCUUAUUGAUGGUGCUUUUCAGAAUAAGCCGGGGGAGGACCGGAUCUUGAAGAUGUUUCAGCAACUUGCUUCUGAAAAAGCUGGUCAUGUAAAGAAGCUUAGGAGGGGACGACAAGACCUACACUGCAUAUUUUGGCUCUUCCAAAAAAUGCAUGAGCUGCACAUUAAACCGAACGUCGUCACAUUUUCAGCCAUUUUGAAUGCGUGCAGUCGCUGCAAUUCAUAUGAUGAUGCUACAAAGGUGUUAGACACGCUGCGCUUGUUCGAUAGUCAGGUGUAUGGUGUAACUCAUGGACUGUUGAUGGGUUAUAGGGAACAAGUAUGGUUUACUGCUGAGAGUCUCUUCAAUGAAAUCACGCGUAUGGAUUCUUCAACUGCGUCCGCGUUUUAUAACGCCCUCACAGAUAUGCUAUGGCAUUUCGGUCAGAGACGUGGAGCUCAAAUGGUUGUAAUCGAAGGGAAGAACCGAAACGUGUGGAAAGGCGAAUGGUCAUUUUCUUGCCUGGAUCUGCAUCUGAUGUCUUGUGGUGCUGGCUGUGCUAUGGUUCAUGAUUGGUUGCUCAACAUGCAUAGUACCUUAUUUCAAGGCUCUGAACUGCCUAAGAUUGUGAACAUUUUAACUGGUUGGGGAAAACACAGCAAGGUGAUGGGCGAUGGAACAUUGAAAAGAACUAUCGAAUCGCUUCUUAACGGAAUGAGAUCGCCUUUCAGAUUCGCGGAACAUAAUAUGGGAAGACUUACAUCUCCUGGAGACGCGGUGGCGACUUGGCUUAGACAGCCUGGCAUUUUCGAUAUGCUUGUUCUGUAUGAUGUCUUGAAUCACUCUCAACCUGCUGGUCCAUCGUAUAAGUAUCCAGCUCUUGGCUAUUAGAUCGAUAGAAGCUAUGUAGCAGCGGUGUCCGUUACGACAAAUGACGGGUGUUUGGCGAAAAUCACGGCGCAGCAGGCGAUUGUCUGUGAGUUUAACAUUCUGCAGUAAUAAACUUAAAAUUGGUUGAAGAAAGGAAAGAGUUUUUCCCUUACAUUUGUCUCACAUGUCUUUGAACCAAUUAUGGGUUGAAGAAAAUGCUUCUUAAGUUAGUUUUGAUGAUAAUAUAAUGUAAAGAACAAUUUUAUUAUGUAACAGUUUGUUAUUUGUUUAAAAACUUUUAAAUAGAUUAAAGAUAAUCUA